CACCUACACAGAGCGUGGUGUUGGAGCUGUUCAGAGCGGGUGUUUGGGCUGUUGGCUGUUGUCUUUCCCCCUCUCUCACACACUUGUAUAUUAUUUUGAGGUGGUGUUCGCAGAGUUUGAAAGGGGAGAGAAUUAAAAAAGCCGCACGCCUUUCACUCUUUUUAUAAUCCCUUUCAAUUUGGGGUUAAAAAAAAGACAAGAAAACAGGAAGGAAGAAAAAUAAGGAAAUGAGAUGUGGUAAAAGAAGCUAAAAGGUGCCUUUUAAAAGAUCGUUGCUGUGAAGUGAAAAAAAUCUCCAGAGAAACCAAAAAGCACCGCUGAGACCUCUUCCGAACCAAAGGAGUUUGUGUUUGCUUUUAGGAAAGAAGACAGAUCAUUCAUUCGGAGGAAUAGCAACCAAUUAAAAGACAAAUAAAAAAAGUUUGGAGUGGGACGCCGAGCGAGCGAGCAGGCGGGCGGCGCUGUCGGCGGGUGCUGGGGCUCGCACUUUCCCGGCCGGAGUGAGCGGCGCGACUGCGGCGCCGGGCUCGGCGGGUGCGCCUCAGCGGAGGAAACGUCGGAGCGUUGUUUGGGAGAGACGCGCGCCGGACAAUGCCCGCGGCGGGCCAUUGACGCCCGCAGGGAAUGCGGAGCGGCCCGACCGCCGGUCCGCACCCAGUUGCUGCCGCCUUCGCCGCGGGUUUUUGCCGCCCGUAUCACGCGAGACCCGGCGGGGGCCGGGACCGCCCGAGCCGCCCCUCGGACCCGGCCGGCUGCAGCCGCCGCUGCCUCCUCCUCCGGGCCAUUAAACCCAAUGAGCCGCGCGCCUCUUCCCAGCGCAGCCAACUAAAUCGGUUUGGAUGAUUCGCGACCUGAGCAAGAUGUACCCGCAGACCAGACACCCGGCACCGCAUCAGCCUGCUCAACCCUUUAAAUUUACAAUUUCCGAGUCCUGUGAUCGGAUUAAGGAAGAGUUUCAGUUUUUACAGGCUCAAUACCACAGCCUGAAGCUAGAAUGUGAGAAACUGGCCAGUGAGAAGACGGAGAUGCAGCGGCAUUAUGUCAUGUAUUAUGAGAUGUCCUAUGGGUUGAAUAUAGAAAUGCACAAGCAGGCAGAGAUUGUCAAGAGGCUGAAUGCUAUCUGUGCACAAGUCAUUCCUUUCCUGUCCCAAGAGCACCAGCAACAAGUGGUGCAGGCUGUGGAACGGGCCAAGCAGGUGACCAUGGCAGAACUGAACGCCAUCAUUGGGCAGCAACAACUCCAGGCCCAGCAUUUAUCACAUGGACAUGGUCUGCCUGUGCCUCUGACCCCACACCCUUCUGGGCUUCAGCCCCCUGCCAUUCCACCCAUCGGUAGCAGUGCUGGCCUUCUGGCCCUCUCCAGUGCCCUGGGAGGCCAGUCCCACCUUCCAAUCAAAGAUGAGAAGAAGCACCAUGACAAUGAUCACCAAAGAGACAGAGACUCCAUCAAGAGCUCUUCCGUAUCCCCGUCAGCCAGUUUCCGAGGUGCUGAGAAGCACAGAAACUCCACGGACUAUUCCUCUGACAGCAAAAAGCAGAAAACUGAAGAAAAGGAAAUUGCAGCUCGUUACGACAGCGAUGGUGAGAAGAGUGAUGACAACUUGGUGGUUGACGUUUCCAAUGAGGAUCCGUCCUCCCCGCGGGGGAGCCCCGCACAUUCCCCAAGAGAGAACGGCCUGGACAAGACACGCCUGCUCAAGAAAGACGCCCCCAUCAGCCCGGCCUCAAUCGCAUCCUCCAGCAGUACUCCUUCCUCCAAAUCCAAAGAACUCAGCCUUAAUGAAAAAUCUACUACUCCUGUUUCAAAGUCCAAUACCCCUACUCCACGAACCGACGCACCCACCCCAGGCAGUAAUUCCACCCCUGGACUGAGGCCGGUACCUGGAAAACCACCAGGCGUCGACCCCUUGGCCUCAAGCCUCAGGACACCGAUGGCCGUCCCCUGUCCAUACCCAACCCCGUUUGGGAUCGUGCCCCACGCCGGCAUGAACGGGGAGCUGACCAGCCCUGGAGCCGCCUACGCGGGGCUGCACAACAUCUCCCCGCAGAUGAGCGCAGCCGCCGCUGCCGCCGCCGCGGCCGCCGCCUACGGGAGAUCACCGGUGGUUGGAUUUGAUCCCCACCAUCACAUGCGCGUGCCAGCCAUUCCCCCCAACCUGACAGGCAUUCCGGGAGGGAAACCAGCAUACUCCUUCCACGUGACGGCCGAUGGCCAGAUGCAGCCGGUCCCUUUCCCCCCCGACGCCCUCAUUGGGCCCGGCAUCCCCCGACACGCUCGCCAGAUCAACACCCUGAACCACGGGGAGGUGGUGUGCGCGGUGACCAUCAGCAACCCCACGAGACACGUGUACACGGGCGGGAAGGGCUGCGUCAAGGUCUGGGACAUCAGCCACCCCGGCAAUAAGAGCCCCGUCUCUCAGCUCGACUGUCUGAACAGGGAUAACUACAUUCGUUCCUGCCGAUUGCUCCCUGAUGGCCGCACCUUAAUUGUGGGAGGGGAAGCCAGCACUCUGUCCAUUUGGGACCUGGCUGCUCCGACCCCGCGCAUCAAGGCAGAGCUGACGUCCUCGGCCCCCGCCUGCUACGCCCUGGCCAUCAGCCCCGACUCCAAGGUCUGCUUCUCCUGCUGCAGCGACGGCAACAUCGCCGUGUGGGACCUGCACAACCAGACGCUGGUGAGGCAAUUCCAGGGCCACACAGACGGGGCCAGCUGUAUUGACAUUUCUAAUGAUGGCACCAAGCUCUGGACGGGCGGCUUGGACAACACGGUCCGGUCCUGGGACCUGCGCGAAGGGCGGCAGCUACAGCAGCACGACUUUACCUCGCAGAUCUUCUCUCUGGGCUACUGCCCAACCGGAGAAUGGCUUGCGGUGGGGAUGGAGAACAGCAACGUGGAGGUGCUACAUGUCACCAAGCCCGACAAGUACCAGCUGCACCUGCACGAGAGCUGCGUGCUGUCGCUCAAGUUUGCCCACUGUGGCAAAUGGUUUGUCAGCACUGGAAAGGACAACCUUCUGAACGCCUGGAGGACGCCGUACGGAGCCAGCAUAUUCCAGUCCAAAGAAUCCUCAUCGGUGCUUAGCUGUGAUAUCUCUGUGGAUGACAAAUACAUUGUCACUGGCUCUGGGGAUAAGAAAGCCACGGUUUAUGAAGUUAUUUAUUGAGGACAAAUCUUCAUGUGAACUGGACACCUCCUUGUAGCACUUUGUUCUAUCAUUCCCCCCC